ACGUAUACUCUUUUUUUUGAAUACAAAAAAAGCAACAAUCAAUGCUCUACUUUGGCCAUUAAAAACCACAAAUAAUAAAAGAAGAAGAAGAAGAAGAAGAAGAAGAGCCCCUCUCCACCUCCACCAAUACACAUUGUUUCCAUAAUUCAAAGAAACCAAAACCAAUUACACAACACAAAACUUCCCAUUUUUGGAUUAACUCAUGAAUUCCUCUCUCUCUCUUUCAAUCCUUCUCAUCUUUGUUUCCAUCCUUUUGAUCCCUUCUUUGGCUUCUGGGCUUCACAAUGCACCCAGAUCAGGUGGGGGAGGAGGAGGAGGAGGAGAAGAUCAUGUUGUUGUACCAUUGAGGAGAUCUGUUGUUGGGGCUUCUGAGGGGAACACAUCUUUCGUUUUGGCCGCGGAGAGGACGCAGAGGAAGGACCCUUUGAAUGGAUUCAGAGAUUACACUGGGGGUUGGAAUAUAAGCAAUCAGCAUUAUUGGACUUCUGUCAGUUUUACUGCCGCCCCGCUCUUUGCCGUCGCCGCGGUUUGGUUUAUCGGCUUCGGACUAGUCUUAUUCUUCGUCUGUUGCUGUUUCUGCUGCUGCCCGGGCCGGAGUUACUCGUACUCUCGCGCAGCCUAUGCCCUCUCUCUUAUGCUCCUCAUUCUCUUCACAGCUGCUGCAGUCAUUGGGUGCAUUGUUUUGUACAAUGGUCAGGGCAAAUUUCAUGACACCACAUCAUCCACAUUGAACUACGUAAUCGGACAGGCGGACAUCACGGUUGCCAACCUUAGGAAUUUCUCCAGCUAUCUGGCGACCGCCAAGACCUCCGGCGUGCGCCAGAUUUUUCUUCCUUCUACUGUCCAGACUAAGAUCGACGAGGUCGUGGUGAAGGUUAAUGCUUCUGCGAAUGAGCUCGCUUCUCGCACGUCGAACAAUUCCGGCAAAUUCCAGAAUGGAUUGGAUACCGUGCGAUUGGCUUUGAUUAUUGUUGCAGCUGUGAUGCUCCUCCUAUCAUUUCUCGGAUUUCUGCUUUCCAUACUUGGACUACAAUGCCUUGUUUACAUUUUAGUGCUUCUCGGAUGGAUUCUAAUCGCGGGGACACUCAUCUUGUGUGGCAUUUUUCUCCUUUUGCAUAAUGUUGUGGCGGAUGCGUGCGUCGCGAUGGACGAAUGGGUCCUUCACCCCCACGAACAUACCGCACUCGACGAUAUCCUUCCCUGUGUCGAUGCUGCCACCAUGAAUGAGUCGCUAAACCAAAGCAAGCAAGUCGCCUACAGUCUCAUAAGCGUCGUAAAUAACGUAAUCACGAACAUCUCCAAUGUCGACUACCCACCUCAACUCGCCCCGCUCUACUACAACCAAUCCGGACCGCCAGUGCCUGUGCUCUGCAAUCCGUAUAUGCCGGAUAUGAGCAGCCGCACGUGUGCCGCUGGGGAGGUCGGCUUCGACAGUGCGCCACAGGCAUGGCGGAGCUACGUAUGCAGCGCAUCAGUCGUCUCCGGAUCUGAAACCUGCAGCAGCGUGGGCCGCCUCACUCCGACGCUAUACAACCAAAUGACGGGAGUGGCAAACGUGAGCUACGGUUUGCACCACUACGGGCCGAUCUUUGCAGAUUUAGCCAAUUGUAAGUUCGUGCGGGAGGCGUUCAGAUCGAUAAGCGAGAACAACUGCCCGGGCUUAGGCCGGUACAGCAGCCAAGUUUACGUAGGACUGGUGAUCGUCUCGGCUGCAGUGAUGCUUUCUCUGAUCCUUUGGGUCGUCUACGGGCGAGAGAGGCGGCAUCGGAAGCACAGCAAGCAGCAGCAGUUCAUCGCGCGAUCGGACCAGCAUUUUGUUCAAGAGAAACCACUGCUAAGAAGUCCAAGGUGAUAGAUACGCACCAUCUUUGUAGUUCUUUUCCUAUUUGAUGCCGAUCACGAGUUAGUAGUCUAUUAAUAAGAAUAUACUAGUGUCUGACA